AUCCAUUUGUCCAAGACAUUCGAGCUUGUUAAGUUCUAGUAGUUUUAUUUGUUGCAGAGUUAGUACCAGAGAAAUGGAGCCACAGGAAGGAAGGAAAGGGAUACCAUCUCUGCUGUCCUCGCAGGGGGAGUGCAUUGCCACCAACAUCACACAGCUCAUUGGUUGGACACCACUGAUAGAACUGAGAAACAUCACUGAGAAAGACAGCAUAGGUGCUCGGCUGAUUGGGAAGAUUGAGCCGUACCAGCCCCUUUCCUCUGUGAAGGAUCGGAGUGCUCUCAGAUUGAUUGAAGAUGCAGAGGAGAAAGGCUUGAUCACACCUGGCAUCACAACACUGCUGGGGGUCACAAGUGGUAAUCUUGGCAUCGGCGUGGCGUUCAUUGCUGCUCAGAAAGGAUACAAGUUCAUCGCCCUCAUGCCUGCUAAACUCUCGCUUGAUAAGCAGAUACUGAUGCGAUACCUUGGCGUAGAAGUGGUAUUAGUUGGUAAGGGGCUGAGGUACCAUGCCCCUCAUAUCACGUGCCAGAUGGUAACAUGCUUGUCUCCUGCAGAUGCUGUACAGCAUGGAUUCAAAGCUUUACUUGAUAGGGUAGAACAGAUGAAGAAGGAUGUGGAAGAUGUGUAUGUUCUAGAUCAAUUCACCAAUCCUGCAAAUCCCGAUGCCCACUUCAGAUGGACUGGACCUGAGAUAUGGAAAGAUACAGCAGGCAAAGUGGACAUAUUUAUAGCUGCUUCAGGUUCAGGAGGCACCAUCACAGGCGUGGGGAGGUAUCUCAAGACGAAGAACCCAUCUGUAAAAUUAAUAUGCGUUGAACCAGCUGAAAGUCCAGUGAUUUCAGGUGGCGAGCCAGCCUUCCACAACAUCCUAGGAAUAGGGCCUGGUUUUGUCCCAGAAAUAUUGGAUAGAUCCCAGAUAGAUGAAAUUGUAACAGUAACUACUCAAGAAGCUAUGGACAUGGCUAGAAGAUUGGCAAGGGAAGAAGGAUUGCUUGUUGGCAUAUCUUCAGGGGCAAAUGCAGCUGCCUGCUUAAAGGUUGCAUCAAGAGAGGAGAAUAGGGGAAAGAUGAUUGUGACAAUGUUUUCCAGUGGUGCAGAGAGGUAUCUGAACUCGGAGCUCUUUGCGCAGGUUAAGGAAGAGUGCGUCAACGUCAACAUGACCUUCUGAUGUCCAUAUCAAGGCAAUGACACCGUAGGGGUGAUCCAGAAGUCUAGUGUUAUCUUACACUGGCUUAUAAGAAGCGGAGGUCUCAGUUACUCAAAUACCAGACACUGUUUUGUUAGGAGACAAAACGAAAUGCACUAGCGUGACAAGUAAAUACUCCCUCUGUUCACAAACAUAAGAUGCUCUAACCUUUUGUGUGAAUCGGAUGUAUAUAGACAUGUCUUAGUGUGUUUAUUCACCCAUUUCAGUCUGUAUGUAGUCUAUAUUGAAAUAUUCAAAACAUCUUAUAUUGUGAACGGAGGGAGUAUCUUAUAAUGCCAGGUCACAGAGGGUAUUGAUUGUGUGAUUGUUUGA